GACUAUGUCGAACAGCAGAAACGUAUGUCUAUAUUGCGGAUGAUUCAUGAGCGAAUCUCAGCUAAUUCAUUAUAUGUGCUCAGGAAUAUAUUCAACCCAAAGAACACCUCAUACUCCAAAUACCACUCCACCAACCAUCGCAUCACAAGUCACCGUCCUCCACGCUCCACCGCUGCAAAUCCAAGGCGAACGAGCGCAGUCCUCUGCAUCCGCACCGCAAGCCUUUAUUUCGCAGGCAACCUCGCCUGCGGAUGCCCCAUCACCUCCCUCGACGCCGUCCGAAUCAGAGAUAUAUGGGCCCGACCGACUGUUCAACCACCAACGAGCGGUGACACACCAUGUCCACGGGCCUUUGAGUACUCGUCCUUUCGAUCACUCCAAUCAAGAAAAAAAUUAUAGCGCGCGCCUACCCUCCAACAUCGGCGCCAUGGAUUUCAAAGAUGACCUGAUACGUGAAGUUGAAGCUUCAGUGACGCCUGGAAUCGACAAGGGCCCGUACAUCCAGUAUGCCUUGGAUGUUUUGACCGAACGUCGAGAGGGGCAGGAGGGACGGGGCGACUCCAAAAACCCAUCUUCCAGCAGUGAUGAGCCGAACCCGAUGUAUCGAUUCAUGCCGAAUGCAACACCGGGACUCUUCCAAGCCCCUCCUGCCCCCGUUUCUAUUCCAGUCCAUACCGAGUCCACUCCUUAUCAGUCGUUGCUGCCCAUCCAAAGAUCGGAUUGCCAGCCCCCUCUUGUCCCCGGCCAUGGCCGCUUCUAUUCGGAACCAGUACCAACGGAGGGGAACCCCGAAAACCAAGACGAAAUCAGUCCGGAGGCAGAACUUGCUGCGCGGCGGCAACGACGGGCACGGUCGAUGUCGGGUGACCAGGGCUCGAUCAGACUGCCGGCACCAUACACUUUUCUCCCGCCAAAAACAGAGAAGCCACAAGAUAGCUGGUACAAUAUGUCUGAAUGGCUACCCAGGAGGCUCAAGGACCCGGCGCCAUCUUCGAAGCCCUUGAACCCAGAGAAGUAUCCUCGAGCGAUGGAUUGUUGGCAAUCAUUUCGACCAGGCGUGGAUCCUCAGCCAGAAUUUGGGAAGCUUCAGCCGCAGCCGUUGACUUUCAAGCCUUGGAUACUGCGGGUUCCAUCAUUGUUACUUUUGGCCUUCUUGUGUACCCUGAUGAUUGGGGCUCUUCUGUUCUGUGCUGUCUACUCGAGUCGGCGAAACGGCCUGACGGCGUUCACGACCAUAUACAGCGGCGACUACUUCGUCUUUCGAAUCCUGCCGCAACUCCUCGCUGCAGUCUUGCUUAUUUAUGCCCAGUGCAUCAUUAUCACCGCAUUUCGCGUUCUCCCCUUUUCGGCAAUGGCUUCGGAUGAUAUACCACAUCGACGAAACGUUGGGUUUUUGCCAUUAUACCCCAAGUCGUUUCUUUGGCCACAACUUGUUAGCACUUGGCAUUUCUGGAUACCCGUCAUUGUAACCUGGAUUUUGAACAUUACAAUUCCAUUACAGAGCAGUCUGUUUACAGUGGUUCUGGUGAACGGAACUUGGAGAUGGUCGACUGUGCAGGGCGUGGCUUGGAUAUUGGUAUUCACAUAUGUGCUGUUGUUGCUAUCGAUCGGCGUCCUCAUUCUGUUCUGGCACAACCGCCGAACAGGCAUGCGAAGGAACUGGGAUCUGAGAUCACUAGCCGACAUCAUAUUCUUGUUGAGCCAAAGCAACUCAUUGCAGCCUUACCAAGGCACUGAAACCGUGGCGUCGCGGACCAGCAUGAGACAUAUGCUCAAGGGAAACAACGAACGGCUUGGCUGGUGGUACGCCUCAGGGGCUGUACCUUUUGAGAACUGGUACGGCAUCGGAGUGCCAACGGACGAACAGAAAGUCGACAUUGAAAAACUUGGGCCUCCGGUACACGAGAAGGACCGUCGAGGAGAAGCGCAGGCAGCAGAUUUGGGUGCUACGCCUAACUGCAGCAGUGUGCGCCACCGGUACCUGCCUUGGUGCCUUCGUAAUGGCCAGGUCACCAUGUGGGUUGUGGCAAUGUCGAUUGUGCUUAUUGCGCUCUUCGUUGUUUCUUUCAACCCAUCAACGGAUCUGCGCCAUGGGUUCCUCCCAGGUUUGAGCGCAGCUCCCGUUACAGGAGAUUUCUCAGCAGCCGAUUUUGUUUACUCAUUCGUGCCAUCUUUGCUCGGCCUGGUACUAUUCCUCAUGUUCCAAUCGCUGGACUUCACUUUACGGGUUCUGACGCCGUGGGGAGAGCUCUCGCAGGACAGAGGAGCAACAGCGAGGAAGUCUCUGCUUGUGGAUUACGCUGCGUGCUAUCCAUUAGAGGUGACGUGGAAAGCAGCCCGGAAUGGCCAUUGGCGCGUGGCCUUCAUGUCGCUACUGUCAACUAUGUUCGUCUUGUUGCCUGUGGUGGCCGGUGGGCUGUUCAUGGCCUUAACGCCCCCAUCAGGCAUCGUGCACAUGUAUCCCAACGUCCCAGCUCUCGCCUUUGUGCUCACGCUCCUGGUUCUGUUCCUGCUCGGGGUCGUCUCCCUCGUCCCGAAAAGGGAUCAGUUCCGCCUUCCUCAUGCCGUCACCUGCUUGGCCGAAAUCAUCAGUUUCUGCUCAAACGAAGAGCUGCGGACAGACGAGGCGUUCCUGUUCGCUCCAGAUAAAAUGGCCCUCAAGGGGAGACUGGGCGCUUACUCCGACAGGGAGGAUCGGUGGUGUUUUGGUACCGGUCGCAACAGGCAGGAAAGAUUGGGCAUCAAGCGGUACAACAAGUACACACUUGAAAAGAAGCGAUGGGGUGCCGAGAAUAGAAGAAACCGGGGAGUAAGCGACGAUGGUGUUUUGAGGUCGCUCCGGAAUGCUGCUGCCGCUCUCAAGUUUGCCCAGAGGGAAGAGAGUGGAUUCGCGCCGUACAAUGCCGACAACAUCUCGAGGCCGGUGGUCCAGGGUAGCAGCUCGAUGAUGAGGUAGACGGGUGUUAUACAUGUAUUAGUCAUGUCUUGCACCAGAUUUACGAGAACGAGAAUCUUCAUGGCAUUUAUGGUCAGACGAUGUUAGGCAAAUUGGAUACAGUUUGAUGGAUUUGAUGGUUUAUGGUUUUACGAUGCAUGAAAAAGCAUGUUAGUUAGCAUGGCGUUAUGAGGGGAUGGAAUACAGAGAAGCACGAUAAUACGAGAGUAAUUACUGCGGCGGUUUGCCAAUUACUUCUUAAUAAUGAACUUGGAAGGACAGUUUGGUCUCCUCGUUUGCUU